AUGACCGACCCCAUCCCUAAAUACCCGCUGUACGACUCAACCUACACCGCAUAUCGUCUGUCGCCUCUCUACCAUGGUGCAAACACAUUACUCGACGAGACUACACUUCGCAUGCAUGCGCGCCGGCUGCGCGACAUCCUGCGCGGCGAUAUUCUGCGCGGCGUUGACGUCGGCGCCGGCACCUCCGACGGCGCUUCCGGCAUAUUAGAGAGCUGUACCUGGGACCUGAUUGGGGACGAAGAAUCAUGGGAGACAUUACACCGGCAAGAUGCAGAAGCGCAAGAGGAUGAACAGCCCGGAGACCUCCUGGAUGCGCCAUCGCUCGAUCCCUCGGAAGCACGAGGCGUACACAUCGAGCUGCGCUACCAGAAGGCCAGCUACACUGCGCUGUUGCUGCGCAACCCAGAGGCUGAAGAUGUCCCAGCACCAAAAGGCUUCACAGCGCUGCCGCUCCUCCUCGUGCGAAUGCCCGUCGCGCUCCGCGACACCUUCACCUCCUACAUCGCCUCCACCUUCGACGCGCGCAUCGCCCCCAUGAAGCUACGCUCCCGCUUUCUCUCCUCAACCCUCGAGACAAUCCUCUCACACCUCUCCGUCGCAACCACCGCCUCGCCCCUCCCAUCCAUCCUCUCCCGGCUCCAACUCCAACUCUCCUUCCCCGCCGCCUGCCCCACCGCCGCCCUCCGCGCCCUCGACAUCACCCUCUCCCGCACCGACCUCCCCGCCUUCCUCACCCGCGGCACCGCGCUCCUACCUACCACCACAGACGACACCAACAACACCACCGCCACCACCACCACCACCAACAUCACCGGCCCCUUCACCGCCGCCCUCUCCCACUACCUCCAAUCCCACCUCGCCCUCUCCCUUGCCCACCCAGACGUCCACAUCUCCAAGCUCGCCCUGCCCCCGCUCCUCGCCCUCUCCGCUGCCGCCGCCGCCGCCGACAACAGCAACAGCAGCAACAGCGCCUCCCGCGUCAAACUCUUCUCCCCGCACACCGCUGCCGCCGCCGCGAUCGCCGCGCCCGAUUCCAGCGCCGUCUCGGUCGCUGCGCUCCGACGCGUGCUCGAUGCUUUUUAUGCGGCGCUGCUGCGCGCGGCGUGCGGGGCGCCGGUGGUGGAGGGCGUGGACGUGGGCGAGGGGAAGGAGAAGGCGGGGUUGGUGUUGAUGAAGGGGGAGGGGAAGGGGAAGGGGAAGGGGAGAGAGAAGGAGAAGGAGAAGGAGAAGGCGAGGAAGGCGACGACGAAGUCGUUGUCGUCUGCUAAGAAGGGAAAGAAGCGCGCGUUGGGCGAAGGGGACGCGAAUGUUGUUGUAGGUGGUGGUGGUGGGGGAGGCAGAAAAAAGGCCGACGCAUCUCCUGGAGGGAAAAAGCGGAGGCGGCGGCAGCAGCAACAGCAGCAGCAACGGAAGCGGAGCCAGGUCGGUGGGGAUGCCGCCGCCGCCGCCGAGGAGGAGGAGGAGAAGCAGCAGCAGCAGCAGCAGCAGCAGCAGCAGCAGCAGGGAGAAGAUUUUGAGCAUGGCAACGACGACAACACAGACGACGACGAGGAGGAGGAGGCGGCUGGCAGUUCGGCGUCGUCGUCGACGCUGCGGAAGAGGACUGCUGCUGCUGCUGCUGCUGCUCCUGCUACGACGGCUGCCCGCGGUGGCAGCACUGCUGCCGGGAGGUCGAGCGUGCCGCAGGAACCGCCGCCACCGUACGAGCUGCAUGACCCGGCGAUCGUGCGGUGA